AAAGAGAGGAGCUUUAUGGCUGCGAACGUUGAGAGAGAAAGAGAGGAGCCUAAUCGGGCAACUAGGCCGCUUCACAACUUCACAUUGCCCUCGUGCCUCAAAUGGGGUCACCAGAAACACAUCCGUCGCAAGAAGCUCGGCAAUUCUUCCGGUGUUCACCCCGAUGAGCACGACGGUAGCAAUCAGGUGCAACGAAUUUCUUCGAUUAACCCUGUCGCUGAUGACGGUGAUAUCGAGAAACUGAUGACUGAUCUCCAUGGCGAUAAGAAACCCUCUGAAGAGGAGGAUUCCAACCCCGCUGCUGCCGGCCGGCGGAGUUUGCGUAGUCGCCGAGCUGGUGACAGAACCGGAAAAGUAGUGAACUUAGCGCUACAGCCGCAGAAGAGUAAGUUUUCAAUCGCUCUCUCCAGAGAAGAGAUUGAAGCUGAUUUCACUGCUAUUACCGGUGUCAAACCACCCAGAAAACCCAAGAAAAGGCCCAGAGCUAUUCAGAAGGAGAUUGAUGAUCUUUUCCCAGGCUCGUGGUUGAUGGAGGUCACUCCGGAUAAAUAUAAAGUUCUAGAAAAUCCUGAUCAUUCACGGGUGAGAGAUAAAGAUAAUGCUGAGGAAGCAAAACAGUGAAUCUUGAAAGGGUGGUCAUCAUUUCCACCAUCAAAAUCUAUCUGUGUAAAAUUUAAAUAUUUAACGCAAAAAGACAUGUCUAGUUAAUUUUGAGGUCCGCAUUUUGUUCUAGCUAGUCCAGUGGCUAACUCUCUAGAAUCCACUGGCAAGUAAUAACGUACAUUAUCAACUUUGUGCUUUUAGGAACGUGUGUUGUGCUGUAGAAUGCUUUUGAGUUCUGUGUUGUGAUAGUUCUCUGACAUAAUUAAAGCUU